AGAGCAAUGCGGAAGGAGACUCAACAGCCAUCCUGCAGCUGAGAGCAUGAAUAAACGACAUUGACCUACAGAUAUGUCUGCAGGUUUUGUGAGGUGGGUGCUAAACCGUGCAGCGAGAACUGCCAGUCCUGGCUACUGGACUCCAGCAUCAAGGUUUCUCAAAUGCAGUGAAAAACCAAACAUCGUUGCUGCCUUCUCCACAGCAGCAGAUGACACGGAACAGACUCCUGCUACAGUAAAAGAAAAGAAGGGUCCCGGAGCUUAUGCCACCAUCAACAGCGUUGGCCGUAAGAUCUCGCAGCGCCACAUACAGGUGCUGAGUAACACAGGCGAGGACCUGGGCACCAUGCACCGAGCAGAUGUGAUCAAACUGAUGGACGCGCAGGGUCUGAAACUGGUGCUGAUCAAUGGACACAAAGAACCUCCCGUUUACCAGCUGAUGAGUGGAAAACAGAUUCACCAAGAGCAGAUGAAGCUGCGGGAAAAACAGAAAUCCAAACCAGCUACUGUGCAGGUGAAGGAACUCACCUUUUCAGCCAGCAUCGGAUCUCAUGACCUCACCACCAAGCUGAAGCAAGUGGAGAGCUGGCUGGAGAGGAAGCACCAUGUUAGGAUUACUCUGCGAUCGGGACACGGGGACCCUGAAGUCAACCUGGAAACAAAUUUGGAGCAGAUGGUGCAACAAAUGGAUGUAAUGGUGGGAUUUGUUGCCAGGCCACAGGUCAUACGUGACGGUAAAGCAGCCAUGUGCAUCGUCCGUCCGCCUUCAGCCAAGGAGCUCUCACAAAAAUCAAAGAACAAUACUCCAGCGUCGCAAUCUGCCAACUCCAGUUCGAACACCACUCAGAGGGACACGUCGCCCGUUAGCUCCACAGAGACAACCGAAGGGCCCAUACAGCAGUGAUCUGAUGGAAAUAAAACAUUUUCACAAAAGACAAGCAGAAGUCUGAGCCUAAUCGUCACAGUAUGGUGUUAAUCAGAUUCUACUCAUAGUGUGUUGUGUAGGUAUUUAAUAAAACUUGUGUAAUUAUGAUGCAUCCAGCAGAAGGGACGAACCAUUAGUCCUCAAAAAGCUCCUGGACCAUACCUCAUGUUUGCACACUGUGCUCAGUUCUAAUACAUCUAUCACAGCCAGUCAUCAGCUUAAUAACCAGUCAGCAUGUUGCCACAGGCUUUGACGUCACUAUCACAGCUCAUAGUAAAGUUAAAGACUGAGUUUUAUUUGAUAAAAACAGAUUACGAAUCACAGGUUUCAUUCUUAAAAAGAUGUUAAACACCGUUCCUCCAAAGCAUAUUCUCUCAUUUAGUGUUUUGAUGAUGCUGGUGAGAUCUCUGUCCAGCACAUUGGUGACACUGAAGACCAUAGUGAUACUGUACACUUCACAUCAUUUACAUACGUACUUCACAAGCCACUGAGUGGCCAUUUAAGCCUCGUGGACAGGGACAUUGUGAUCCUGGAUGAGAUCGCUCCCAUCGGGGUGUAAAUGUUUCAUCAUGUAGGAUAAAGCCGCUCAGAUCUUUUCCUCCUGCCAUCUUGAUCUAAAAGGUCAGCUGUGCCUUAUCUGCAUUUUGUUCAAGUUUCUUAUUCAGGCUUUUCCUUCAGUAUGUGAACACACACACAUACACUGAUGAUCCGGGCAGUCUACUUUGAAUAGAGAACAGUGUGAAAGGUGCAGUGAUACUUGUCGACAACAACGUGUUUCAUCUGGG